AUGAAGCAAACACUUAUUUGUGUUCUGCUUGCUUGUCUGAUCCUGGUACACAGAAUAUCUAUAGGAUAUUCGUAUCUUCUGGAACGCGACUGCGGCGCUCCGAAAUAUUCCUACCGCAUAAGUGGCGGCAGAAAUACUGCCCCGCUGCUCGCCCCAUGGAUGGCCUAUUUUCAUUUAAACUCCAAAUUCAUUUGUGGUGGCACGCUUCUUAACCGUUUGUUUGUGCUGACAGCUGCCCAUUGCUUUUAUAAUGCGGAAGAAUUGGUUCGAUUGGGAGAGAGCGAUGCGAGCCAGUUUAUAGAUUGCAAUAAGCUCGAGUGUGCAAGCCCAUACUCUGAAUAUUUGAUUCAGCAACAGUUUAUCUACCCUUUAUACAGAACUGCCCACCACCACGAUAUUGCUCUGGUGAAACUUAGCCGAUAUGUUGAAUACAGUGAUAGCAUACGGCCGAUUUGCUUGAUGCUGGAUCCGCACUGGCAGGGAUAUGUGGACACCAUUAAAUAUUUCACUAUAUUUGGCUGGGGUGCCACCAAUACAGUCAAUGUAAGCGAAAAGCUGCAGCAUACAUUUAUACCACAAGUCGAUCGGAUCUCCUGUCACGUCUUGUAUGGAUAUAAUGUUGAUCUAACCCACAUUUGUGCUGGAGAAAGUAAACAUUAUGUGGGCGUAGGCGAUUCUGGAGGUCCGCUGGGAAGCAUGUUGGAACGCGAUCAUCUCAAGCGAUUCUAUCAAUUUGGAAUUGUUAGCCAUCUACGUCACCCCUUCCAAGGUGUUUCCGUAUUUACGAAUAUCUUGAGCUACUCAAAUUGGAUCCAUCGAACCGUAAAAACGAAUAGAUUUUUAUAA